GACAGCGGCGGCGGGCGACCGGCGACGGGCGAGUGCGGUGGGAGCUCCGGAGAGGUCCGCCACCCGGACCAGGGACCACACUCGGACCACACUCGGACCACUGUCAGACCACGGUCGGACCAUAUCCGGGACGGCCCGUGCCGAGGACCUCCGUGCGGACCAGGCACGCGCCGACUGCGUCCCGGCGCGGUCUCAGCAGUGCCCGGCGCGGUCCCCGCGGCCACAGCUGAUGGAGGCCAACAGCACCGCAGCGGCGGCCCGCCUGCCGGGAGGGGGUGGCACCCUGAACCACACCGGCCCCGGCCCUGACCCGGCGCAGGUGCACUACCCACGAGCCGCCACCGUCACCGCCGCCGUGUGCUGCGUCAUAUUCAUCGUCGUGGGCGUCAUAGGUAACCUACUGACCCUGAUAGUGCUGCGCCAGUCGCUGAGGAUGCCCGGACGACUGAGCACCGCUGCCACUCUAUUUCUGCUCAGUCUGUGUGUCUCCGAUCUGCUCUUCUGUGCCAUCAACCUCCCGCUCACCGCCUCAAGAUACAUAAACGAGGCGUGGGUUUUGGGCGAUGUCGCGUGUCGGCUGUUUCCGUUCUUCUUCUACGGUAAUGUGGCCGCCUCGCUUCUCAGCAUGACCGCCAUCGCCAUAAACAGGUACAUCCUCAUCUGCCAUAAACACCUGCACGGAAAGGUAUACCGGCUCCGAAACAUCGCUGUUAUGGUGGCCUGCAUCUGGAUCUGCAGUUUCGGGCCGCUGCUGCUGCCGCUCACCGACGUCUGGGGGCAGAUGGGACUCCGGAAGCGCACCUUCUCCUGCACCAUCCUGCCCAAGAAUGGCUCGUCGCCAAAGAAGGCCGUGUUCGUGGCCGGCAUCCUGGUGCCGUGCCUGCUGAUCGCUGCCUGCUACCUCAUGAUCUACUGCAAGGCGACGCGGGAGCGCAUCACCACCGGACGCAGCAGUAUGCCGGCCUCGUGCUCGGUGCAGAGCAUCAACCGGAAGCCGUCGAGCCGCCGGGAGGACUACAGGCUCACCGGCAUGAUGGUGACCGUGUUCGUGGCCUUCGUCGUCUGCUUCGUGCCCCUGAUGCUGGUCAACAUCUUCGACAGCAAUGACACGCGAGUGCCGACCCUGCACGUGCUGGCCUCAGUGCUGGCCUGGCUGUCGGCCGUCAUCAACCCGGUCAUCUACGCCGGCUCGAGCCGCUACUACCGCGCCAUCUACCGGCAGCUGGUGUGCGGCGACCGCGGCUCCUCCGGGCAGGGCGCUGCUCCGUCGGAGGGCGGCGCCGACAGCCCGGCACUCCACUGGGAGGCGGCGGAGGUCCGCCUGACGGACGACGCAUGACAUAGCGCCAACCAGCAGCGUCUGUGUCGCAGUUCACGGUUUCGACUAUGCACUGUCUGCAGAGGGCGAAACGUGUGAUUGGCGCUGUGCGAGCCAGAACACGGUUCAGUGACGGAAUAAGAAUGCAAAUGUU